ACUCGACGGCCAUUCUUGACCUCACAUUCUCGUCGACAAGCCAUCCUUCAGACUUCAUUCGGACGCAAACACAACAUGCACGGCUUACGGUCUUUGGCUCCUUCGCUCUCCGCCGCUCGCGCAGUGACCGCACGAAGGCAAGCUGCCUGCGCACACACUUUCCCGCUUUUGGCCGUCGCCGCCGCCUCCCGUCCCAACGCUUUCCCCCAAAUCACCGGCGUCAGGACCUUCUACAAGAAAGCCUCCCUGCCCCCAAAACACUGGACCAAACCAGAGGUCGAGGCGAAGGUCCUUGAUAUCCUCUUCGACUACACAAACGUGAGCCCAGAACAGGUUUCCCUUGAGGCCAACAUGGUCAAGGAUCUGUCCGUCGGCAGGCUAGACCGCUUUGGUUUCUUCUGGGACUUGCAGACAGAGUUUGAAUUCUUUCACUUGCCCAUCAGGACGCGAACGAGGGACUUGGCUUCCGGGAGGGAAGCCGCCGAUUGGGUAGCUGCCAUUCUCGAGCAGGGCAAUAGGCUGAAGUUUUAGGUGCUGUGAUGUUUCACAUUGAUACCUACCUUCGAAAAUACAUAAACCAUACCCCCGCAACAUGGAGUCGUUCCGUUUACAACAUUCAUAUCUUCACCGGCGUCGACGAAGUCUGCCUGUUUCAAGCGGUCCGUCUGUCUUGCUCUCCGACGACAUACAAGUCCUAUCGAGCAAUUGUGGAACAGAAAAACGAGAGAUAGGGGUCGAAUCAAAUUCGGGGCAAAUGCAUUGUGAACGUAAAUAUGAUCA